CAUGGCGUAUUCUAGUCCUCCGGAGCGCCGGUUUACGCGGCUUUCAGCUGUCAGAUUUAACCCUACCACCCCACCAUCUCUGCUUCCUCUUCCCUGUUCGUUCGAGAUACCUCGAAUCAACCUCCUACAGCACCCAACUUCGAUCCAGACAUAUCUGUUCGUGCACAAGCACUUGUGGAAGCAAUGGCAGACUUCGCGCCCCCAUCGGGUCCGCCACCCCCCAAAGUCCCCGAGGGCUAUAAAGCCGUCUGGAAUAACGAAUACAAAGAAUGGUUCUUCGUGAACAUCUACACCAAACAAUCCCAAUGGGACAAGCCCACCGAGCCCGUCUAUCCCUCUGAUCACGACGGCGGCGCUCCCCCCGGCCCGCCCCCCGGCUACGCACACGGCGGCGCGCAACCCCUCACCAGCGAGAAAACCGGCCUGAGCUCCAACAACCCCUACGUCGCUGCUAGCGGCGGUGGUGCAUCUUCGCACGAUAUCAGCGAAGACGAGAGACUCGCGCGACAGUUGCAGGAAGAAGAGAACGCGCGCGCGCGUGGCAGUGCUGCGAGUCCUGGUAGUCGCGGCGCGGCGGAUGAGUUCUAUCAGCAGCCAGGUCAGCAAGCGGGGUAUGGACAGCAGGCCUACGGACAGCAAGCGUAUGGGCAGCAGUCGCAGCAGUAUGAUCAGGGAUACGGCCAGCAGCAGGGAUAUGUGCCUGAUACGUCAACGAAGUCUAAAGGCGGCUUUCUUGGGAAGUUGCUCGGGAAGAGCCAUUCGAAGCUGCCGCAGCAGUAUGGACAGCAGGGUGGGUAUGGGGGUUAUCCGCAGCAAGGUUACCCGCAGCAGGGUUACCAGCAAGGAUACCCGCAGCAAGGUUAUCAGCAGCCUGGAAGAAAGCCAGGUGGGCUGGGCAUGGGAGGGGGUUUGGCAUUGGGCGCGGGUGGCGGAUUACUAGGUGGUAUGCUACUUGGAGAGGCUAUGGGAGAUGCGGGCGAUGGUGGAGAUGGUGGAGGAGACUAUGGAGGUGAUGAUGGAGGGGAUUAUGGAGGAGGGGACGGUGGAGGUGGGGACUAGGCUUGCAUGAGAGCUGAAUAGCUAUGGCUCCCGGGUUUCUCUCUACAUAUAGGUCUUCCAUUCGAGUUACUCGAGGUCUUCAGUGU